AAUUAUCCAUAAGUUGUACGGAGAAACAGCCCUAUCUUAUCGGAUAUCGUCGUCAUUCAACUGCCGGUGUGUCCAUCCAUAUUUAGCAUCAAACGGAGAAGGAAGCUGAUGAAAAUGGCCGCGGGGUGUGUAUCUGCUUGCAGAGUUUCUGCGUAUCACCCUUCAUCCAUUGGCGACACCCCUGUAGUUAUCAGGGGAUUCAAUUUGAAGUUCCAGCAGAAGGAAAAAACUGGAACAAAUGGAAAAUAUAGAGCAAGCCUCAUCAUGAAUCCAGAAUCGUUCGAAGUUGGUAGGUUAAUUGGAAGCUACGGGUUCAUGAACGUCACUAGUUAUUCAGGUCUUCAAUCUCGACCUGAUUUUGAAAAUUCAUCACAAGCAAAUGACGUAGGGGGUUUGAGAUUCCAGGAUGUUAGAGAAGGCGAUGUGCAAAUCAGGCUUUACGAAGGACGAGUAACACAGGGCCAACGCAGGGGCACUCCAAUCAUCUUUAAGGUUUAUCCUGGGAAACAAGUAGGCGGUGUUGAGGCUGAUAUGAUGGCCUCAAAUGAGCUCAAAACUCAUGCUUUCCUUCAAAGCUGUUCACCUAUCUGCCACAAUAUCCAAAUCUUGUUAGGAGGUUUUGAGACAAAAACAGGAGAGCAGUGGCUUGCAUUUCGAAAUGAUGGCAAAUACUGUGCUGCAGACUAUGCUAAAGCUUCAUGUGAAAAAGUUUCAAAGAAUCUUGCUCUUGGAGAACAAAAGUUCUGGAAUCCAUUCGAACAAGAACAAUAUAUUAAACGCAAAAGAUCUUUUAUAAUUAAUCUCCUUCAAGGUGCUUUUCGUGGCUUAGCCUUCAUGCAUGACAAUGAAAUGUUACAUCAAAGUGUUGGUCCAGCUUCAGUUGUUCUCAAUACAAUGGUAGAUAAAGAUGCUGCUUACCUUGUUCCAAGGCUCCGUGAUCUUGCAUUUGCAGUUGAUAUACAGAUGUCAAGUUUAGAGGAAAAUUUUGGAGGAUUGUCUGAAGGUCUUUGGAGACGAGCAAGAUCUGCAGGGGCAUUUAGUCCUAUGGAGAAGAGGGCUUUUGGAAUAGCAGAUGAUAUUUAUGGAGCUGGUCUUCUUUUUGCCUACUUGGCUUUUAUUCCAUUUUGUGAAGCCGGGAUCAUUGAUAGCCUUUCACUACAAAGGCUUCUAGAAAGUACUUUCAAACUUGAUCUUGGAGCUGCUAGAGAGUAUUGCUUAGCGGAUGAUCGGUUUUUAGAGGCUGUUAAGUUUUUGGAUGUGGGUGAUGGUGCUGGCUGGGAACUAUUGCAGGCAAUGCUGAAUCCUGACUUCAGGAACAGGCCGAUUGCUGAAGCUGUAGUGAACCACAGGUUCUUGACUGGUGCUCUGCUAUAGCUUUUAAAAAACAUAUAAAUAUGAUUCUUCAAUGAGUUAGUAUGAAUUAUGAAACGACUAUAAUAGUAUUAUGUAAUUAUUAUUAUUAUUACAGGAACUAGCCUAUGAUUUCGUA